CCACGUCGUAUUAACAGGUGUCUCUCUUCUCUCCAACCCCAUUUCCCCCAUUUUAAAUCCCACAAUCCUCAAUUUCUCAGCCAUGCAAUUCAAAAUUAAACCUUUCCAAGAAUUUUCAGAUCCUUCAAGAACCCAGAAAUUGCUCUGUUUUGCAUGCUUUGAUCUUCGAGGAACUGUUUUGAGCUGUUUUUGCCGUCGCCACCGCCGCUAUGCCGCCGAGACGAUAUGCUUUUGGACGGGCAGAUGAGGCCACCCACCCUGACUCCAUUAGAGCCACCUUGGCUGAGUUCAUUUCCACUUUCAUCUUCGUCUUCGCCGGCGAAGGCUCUGUUCUUGCUCUUGACAAAAUUUUCAGUCCAGCAGAUUAUGGAAGUUAUGGCCAUGGAGGUUACAGUCACGGUGACGGUUAUGGUCGGAGGAGGACCGACACGGGGCGAGGUGCAUCCGAUUUAGUUGUGAUAGCGAUAGCGCACGCAUUCGCUCUGUUCUCAGCGGUUGCGGCGAGUAUCAACAUCUCCGGUGGGCACGUCAAUCCGGCUGUGACUUUUGGCGCUCUUCUUGGCGGGAGGAUAUCACUUAUCCGUGGAAUUUUCUAUUGGGUAGCUCAAAUUUUGGGUGCCAUCGUCGCUUCACUGCUCUUGAGACUCGCAACCGGUGGCAUGAGGCCUAUGGGGUUCUUCGUUUCAUCAGGGAUAUCAGAAAUGCACGGCUUUCUGCUAGAGAUAGUGCUGACGUUCGCCUUGGUGUACACAGUCUACGCAACAGCAAUAGACCCAAAGAGAGGCAGUUUGGGGACUAUAGCGCCACUGGCAAUCGGGUUAAUAGUGGGGGCUAAUAUUCUGGUGGGUGGGGCGUUUGAUGGGGCGUGCAUGAACCCGGCGAGAGCGUUUGGGCCGUCGUUGGUGGGGUGGAGAUGGGACAAUCAUUGGAUCUACUGGAUUGGGCCAUUGCUGGGAGGUGGGCUUGCUGCGCUUGUUUAUGAGUACUUGGUGAUUCCCGUUGAGCCUCCUCUGCAUACUCACCAGCCCUUAGCUCCGGAGGAUUACUAAGCUUUUGGUUUUUGAAUUUGUAGAGACAGAUUCGAGUGUGUGGUUUGGAUGUGAGACUGUUGUUUUUUUGUAGUCUAUUUUGUUUGUUUGUUGUCUCCGUUGGGGUUAUUUGUGGUGUUUAUGUCGUUCAUCAAGGUAAUAAAAGCAAUACAGCUUACAUCUUUUUCUGGUGUU